AUUAGGAAGUCGUAUUCACCAUCAAUAUGACAAGUUUUAAAUGUGUUGUGACAUUUUGCAUUUGUUUUAUAUUUACAAAUGUAUUCAGUCAAACAGAUAAAAAUUUCUUUCGAGAUGAUUACAAAUUUAUAGAAGAUAGCCACAGUUUUUAUAAAAUCCACAUUACAACUAGAACAUGGAAAGAAGCAAGAAAAAGAUGUGAAUUAGAAGGAGCAAGUCUUUUCUACCCUGAAGAUGUUGAGGAGGUUGAAUCAGUUAUUACUUUCUGGAAUAAAACGCAAUCGUUCAAUACUGUAUACAUUGGCAUUUCGGAUUUAAUGGCCAACGAAGUCUAUAUCACUGUAGAUGGAGUUUCAAUAAAGGAUGUUUACAAUAACUGGGCUCAAGGCGAGCCCAACAACAGUGAUGGUAACGAACACUGCUUGACUAUGACUCUCAACGGUACACUCAACGACGAUAGAUGUGACAAAAAAUACCCCUUUAUAUGUAAACAAAACCAAGCCUCUAUCAAAUGGAAUGAUUUUUGUAACGUACCCGAUUUAGAAUACCGAUUUAGUGAUGAGACAUCCCGCUGCUAUAAGCUUCACUCGUAUCCCGCAACUUGGAGCGAAGCGGCGCUAGUGUGCGAUAUCGAGCAAUCGUACCUGGCUGUAAUAAAUAGCGAAAUAGAAGCACAACAUUUAGCAAUGUUAACUGGCGAUGCAUUCAGUACCAAUGACAUUACUUCCAAUUUGUGUAGUUCCAUCGCUUUAGGAUUUAAUAACAAGAGCAAAACAGGCUGGGAAACAAUAUUAGGCGAAAACAUAGAAAGGAGCGGAUACAAUCAAUGGGCAGAAAAUGAACCUGAUAAUGGAAAAGGGGAUAAGGAGUGCGGUGCUAUGGACUACAAUGGCUCUCUGACUAGCAUCAGCUGUGAUGCACAAUGUUAUUUUAUCUGUGAACAUGAGAACAAGUUGCUUGGUUACGUGGAUGAUCGGUUUAGCGAUUAGAUCUUAUUAGGUUUACAUCCCUUGUAAUCCCUUAAUUAAACUCACGCACAAAAUAUAUAUUUGUACAUUUAUAUUUGUACUGGG